AUGGCUCUCUCCAUUUCCACCCUCGUUCGAGGUGCAGUGGUCUUUGCUCUGCUCCCUUUUCUAUGUGGUGUCAUUGGCACCUCAGUUGCCGACGCGGGUCUUCCUGCCCAGAUGGACUCUGAAGCCAUGGAGAACAUGAAGGCCUAUGUCAGCUCACAGCCACAAUUCUCCGAGUAUUCUCCUGCUGAAGACUUCACAUUUGUCUCCGACUUUACAGCUCCCCAAGCCGACUCAAUUGCAGAGCUAAUGCCCACGGCUGAUAUUGGGUUUACACCUGUUGUUGAGGAUUCGCUCGAACCGGAGAAUCAGACGGCUGUAGACAUCCUCGACAGUUCGCAUAGCAACCCGGCGGACCCCAAAUCCUGGAAACCAUGGACGCACCCCCCUGAAUGUGGUGUUGCCAGCAGCUAUUGCGUAUUCACUCAGACGACACUUCCGGCGUCUGGCAGAGGCAUCCUGGACAGCAACAAUAUGGCUAGCAAUGAUACCUCGCCCCAGGGCAUCAGCAUUAUUACCACUCCCGAGCAGGCUGCCUACAGCCUCAACCCGCUCGAGCUCUCGUUCGCCCCGGAGUUUCUCGAGAUCUACAAAAAGUUCGCAGACCUCCCACCGGCCUUUGCCGUCCAUCAGCAUCCUACCUCGCCCCUGAAGGGUGAUGGUUUGUUCGCUACCAGGUCCAUCCGCGCAGGCGAGCCGGUCAUCGUGGACAGGCCAGCCCUGCUGGCCCACUUCAAGGUCAUGACGGACGAGAUGACCAGGGCCCUUGGCUCAGACGAGGACGACCACGGUCUGGGCCCCGAGACAGACAGUGAUCGGACACGCAUGUGGAAUGCCGCAGCCGAGCGGCUGCCCCCACAUAUAAUUGACCGUAUCUACAACAUGACCGUGCUUCCACGCUACAACAAGCUAUUCCAGAUGUUGCCCGCUGAAGAUUUCUCACCGGAGAAUGCGCCGCCGGUAUUCUCGCACAUUGAGAAGGUGUUUGCUAGCAACUCUUUCGCCAUGACCGUCAAAGGCUACGCGUACAAGGCUCUCUUUCCCAAUGUUGCUAAAAUCAACCAUGAUUGCCGGCCAAAUCUAUCUGCCGACAUUUUUGGCGAAACAAUGACCAUGGUCGUUUGGGCCAAUCGAGACAUUGAAGAGGGCGAGGAGCUGACUAUCAGCUAUCUCAACGACCUUCUGCCAUCCGACAGGCGCAGUAAGGUCAUCAAGCGCCGUUGGGAUUUCCAGUGCCAGUGCGACCUCUGCACCGGUAAGGCAGAUGGCGCGCUUGAAGCCUCGGAUAAGCGUCUGCAACACAUACCUUCCCUGAUCGGUCAGAUUGCCAGGGACAUGGCUGACAGCCAUGCUGAUAAGGCACUAGAGGCGGCGCUGGAUCUGCGUGCCAUCUACAUUGGUGAGGGCUUGAUGCGGGAGACGACCACAACCGAAAAAAUGCUGCUUCUGCCAGAAAUGUCCGAAGAGGAAAGAGAUCGGGUCAAAGACGAUCUGAUGGCGGACCCGUUCGGCCCAGCUGGUCUUGCCAAGCUGCUUGGCCGGUUGUACUUAGCCAACGGCAAAGAAGCGGAGGCUCUGCCCUAUCUGCGUGCAGCCGUGACCGAGAUUGGACGGCAGACCUUUGCGUGGCCAAACCCGGAGAAGAUGGCAGAAAUGUGGCAUCUUGUGCAGCUGGUGGAGGCAGCCGAACGAAAAGUCGACAAGAAAAGAAAAUGGUUUCUCUAG